GUUUGAACCUCCUAACUUCAGUAGUCCACCAGCACAGUCUACACCUCAUGUCUCCUGUGCCACUGGCUGCUGGAAACCCCCAAAACAGAAUGUUUUGAACAUGAGGUCCAUGUUUGAACCUCCUACCUUCAGCAGUGGAGCAGCACAGUCUAAACCUCAAUCAAAGGCACACAGACCCCCAUCUCCAGUUCCCAGCUGUGUUUCAAUGAAGAGUGAUGGGUCCAUGUUUGAACCUCCUAACUUCAGUAGUCCACCAGCACAGUCUACACCUCAUGUCUCCUGUGCCACUGGCUGCUGGAAACCCCCAAAACAGAAUGUUUUGAACAUGAGGUCCAUGUUUGAACCUCCUACCUUCAGCAGUGGAGCAGCACAGUCUAAACCUCAACGACACACACACAGACCUCCAUCUCCAGUGCCCAGCCGUGUGUCCAUGAAGAGUGACCAGUCCAAGCCUGUACCUCUGAACUUCAGCAGUGAACCAGUAUCAUCAGGUCCAAAACGACAGACACACAGACCUCCAUCUCCAGUGCCCAGCUGUGUGUCCAUGAAUAGUGACCAGUCCAGGGAUGACUCACCCAAUUUCAGCAGUGAACCAGUUCCAUCAGGUCUAAAUGAAUUGAGAGCUGAUCUGACCCAGGAUCAGUCUAGGUGUGGAGUGUGUGAGAGGGUACUUAGGGACCGAGUCAUCACCACCUGUGGACACAGUUUCUGCAGGCAGUGCAUCAGCAGCUACUGGGAGCAGCCUGGACUACCAGGAGACCAAGCCUGUCCCCAGUGUGGAAAGACAUGCAGAACUCAACCUCCUCUACAGCCUCUUCAGGCUGAACACACAGACAUGGUAGAAACCAGCAGACAACUGCACACUGAGCACACACCAGACAGAAGGAACAAACUAGCUGAUGAAGUCCUGAGGAGAGUUAUAGAGAAGCAUAAAGCCAGUCUGAAGAGGAGGUUUGAGAACAUAUCUGAAGGCAUCAUCAAACCAGGAGCUGAGACACCCCUCAAUAAGAUCUAUACAGAGCUCUACAUCACAGAAGGAGAGAGUGAAGGGGUGAAUAAGGAACAUGAGGUUUGGCAGGUAGAGUCAGCAUCCAGAGCACAAACCACAGAAGACACACCAAUCAACUGCAAUGACAUCUUCAAGCCCUUACCUGGACAGGAGAAGAAUAUCAGAACUGUGAUGACCAAAGGUGUUGCUGGCAUUGGAAAAACAGUCUCGGUGCAGAAGUUCAUUCUUGAUUGGAUAGAUGGGGUAGCCAAUCAGAAUGUAGACUUUAUAUUUCCCCUUCCUUUCCGUGAGCUGAAUUUGGUCAGGAGUGAUCAGUAUAGUCUUCACAAGCUUCUGCUUGACUUCCAUCCUGAACUGAAGGAGCUGAAGGAUGGUGAAGAAUACAACAACUGUCAGGUUGUGUUCAUCUUUGAUGGUUUGGAUGAAAGUCGAUUACCUCUGAAUUACCAACAGAACAUGAUAUCUGAUUUAAAACAAACAUCAUCAGUGGAUGUUCUGAUGACGAGCCUCAUUCAGGGAACUCUGCUUCCCUCUGCACACAUCUGGAUAACCUCACGACCAGCAGCAGCCAGUCAAAUUCCUGUUCAGUGCAUCGAUCAGGUGACAGAAGUACGAGGGUUUAAUGACCCUCAGAAGGAAGAGUACUUCAGGAAGAGAAUCAGUGAGGAGAGUGAGGCCAGCAGAAUCAUCUCACACAUUAAGGCAUCCAGGAGUCUCCACAUCAUGUGCCACAUUCCAGUCUUCUGUUGGAUUGCAGCCACUGUACUUCAGCAGAUGCUGGACAAGACUAAAGACAUUCCUAAAACUCUGACUGAGAUGUUCAUACGCUUCUUGCUCAUUCAGACCAGAAGGAAGGAUCAGAAGUAUCAGAGUGGAACUGAGACAGAUGAAGAGAAACUUCUAAAAUCUCAGAAUGAAAUUUUACUGAAGCUUGGAGAACUGGCUUUCAAUAAUCUAGAGAAUGGCAAUCUGAUGUUUUACGAGGGAGAUCUGAAAGAGUGUGGCAUUGAUGUCAGUGAAGCCUCAGUGUACUCUGGCAUGUGCACUGAAAUCUUCAAAGAAGAAUCUGUGUUUCACCAGAGGAAGGUCUACUGCUUUGUGCACCUGAGCAUCCAGGAGUUUCUGGCAGCUGUGUUUAUGUUUCACUCUUAUGUGACUAAGAACUUCAAGGCACUGAAAUCCCUCCUAAGUGAAGGACAUGAACCCAGUCCAUCUGUUUUAUCAUCUCUUCAAUCAGUUCUGGGAUUACAAUCUCAAGAUCAUCUACAUGUCUUACUCAAGAGUGCAGUGGAUGAGGCUUUGAAGAGCAGGAAUGGACACCUGGAUCUUUUCCUUCGCUUCCUUAUGGGCAUCUCUCUGGAGAGAAAUCAGAGACUUUUGAAAGGUCUACUGAACCAUGAACACAGCAGCUCAAAGAGCAUCAAGGAAAUAUGUCAAUACAUUAAGAAGCUCAACAGGGAAGAUCUCUCUCCUGAACGAUGCAUCAAUCUUUUCCAUUGCUUAUUUGAAAUGAACGAUCAUUCCAUGCACGACGAAAUAAAAAAAUAUGUGGAGUCACCAAAGAACCUCAAACAGAAAUUGUCUCCUGCUCACUGUUCAGCACUGGCCCACAUGCUACUGAUGUCUGAGGAGGUGCUGGAUGAGUUUGACCUGAAGAAAUACAACACAUCAGAUGAGGGACGCAUGAGACUGCUUCCUGCUGUGAGAUGCUACAGAAGGGCACGACUUGCUGAAUGCAAACUCACAGAUAAGUCCUCUGGAAUUGUGGCUACUGUUCUACAGUCACCAAACACCCUGACAGAACUGGACCUGUGUAACAAUGACCUGGGAGAUUCUGGAAUUCAGCUUCUAUCUAACGGACUGUCUAGUCCCCACUGCAAACUGCAGGCAUUAAGACUUGCUGAAUGCAAACUCACAGAUAAGUCCUGUGGAAUUGUGGCUACUGUUCUACUGUCACCAAACUCCCUGAGAGAGCUGGACCUGAGUAACAAUGACCUGGGAGAUUCUGGAAUACAGCUUCUCUCUAACGGACUGUCUAGUCCCCACUGCAAACUGCAGACAUUAAGACUUGCUGAAUGCACACUUACAGAUAAGUCCUGUGGAAUUGUGGCUACAGUUCUACAGUCACCAAACUCCCUGACAGAGCUGGAUCUGUGUAACAAUGACCUGGGAUAUUCUGGAAUACAGCUUCUCUCUAACGGACUAUCUAGUCCCUACUGCAAACUGCAGACAUUAAGGCGCUCUGAUUGUCUCAUCUCAGAAAAGGGUUGUAUUUGUCUGGCUUCAGCUGUUUCUUCAAACCCCUCCCACCUAAAAGAGCUGGAUCUGAGCUACAAUCAUCCCGGAGAAUCAGGACUGAAGCUGUUAUCUGUUAGACUGGAGGAUCCUGACUGUAAACUGGAGAAGCUUAAAACUGACCAUGCUUCAGUAAGCAGAGCUCGACCACGUUUGCUGAGAUAUGCCUGUGAGCUCACACUGGAUCCAAACACAGCAGGCAGACUUCUCUCUCUCUCUGAGGGGAACAGAAAGGUGACACAUGUGAGAAAGGAGCAGCCGUAUCCUGACCACCCAGAGAGAUUUGACAGGUCGUCUAAGGUGUUGUGUAGAGUGGGUCUGUCUGGACGCUGCUACUGGGAGGCUGAGUGGAGUGGGGGUGCAGCACAUAUAGCUGUGGUGUAUAAAAGUAUCCAGAGGAAAGGGAAGAGUGAUGACAUCCUGCUGGGACGCAAUGACAAGUCCUGGAGUCUGUACUGCUCUCCUGACAGUUGCUCUGCCUGGCACAAUAAUAAACACACUGACAUACCUGCCCCCUCUUCCCGCUCCAGAAGAGUAGGAGUGUACCUGGACUGGCCGUCCGGCACUCUGUCCUUCUACAGCGUCUCCUCUGACACACUCACCCACCUGCACACGUUCCACUCCACAUUCACUGAACCCCUCUAUCCUGGGUUUGGGGUUUGGGGUUCUGGCUCCUCAGUGUGCCUGUGCCAGAUCACAUGACCUCCCCAUGCUGCAGGAACACAGGAGUCAUCCACUCCUAUUCAUACACAUGUGUGAUGCUGUGGAAAUAGUGAUGUGUGUAUUCUGUUUAUACACCACUGCUUUGAUGAUACUAUGCAAAUGAUGAUAUUACAUUUUUGUAUAUUUUGUGCAUUUUCUGAAUUGAAUAUGUGGGUUAUAAGAAUUGUUCAGCAACAAUAUGAUGUAUUCUGCUCUCCUUAAGGUUUAGUAAUUUGCUGCAUUUGUCUGAAAAUGAUACACUGGUCUGGGGUCUGUGUGUGUGU